GUCGUCCCUGUUCUAUACCCCCUUCUUCCAUCUUCUUCUGCUUUCGGCUGCUCUGCCCACAAGAAUUUUCUUUUCAACCCCCACCGUUAUUGACCUUAAUCCAGUGCAGGAAAACUCUUUUUUUUUAACUAAAAAUUUUAUUUUGUUUUGUUUUUCUCACGGACGGGAGAGUCAAAAUGAUCUGAAAAUGUCAGAUGCCAAAUGGGGAUCAGUCUUGAUCUGACGUUGAAGGAUGUCCCAAGCUGAUGUCACUUACAGUUGUGGCUCUUGUGGAUAUCCUCUCAACUUGAUAUCAUCCAACCAUCUGACUUCUGGAAUUGGCUCCGAGUACAGUAAAAAGAUCAAGAAAGGUUUCAUCUCAUUUACAUCCAUUGACCUUAGUCGGUUCACUCAAGAUGAAGUAAACUGUCUUCCUAUUCCCAUUGGCUUUAGUCGCUCAAAAACCAAACUUCUCUGCCGGAACUGUGGAGAAAUAAUUGGUUAUGGGUAUGGAGACUCGCCCACUCUUUGUGGGUUUCACUCAUCUCCCUCAAUUAGCCCCUCAUUCAAGAAGUUCAUGAUAAAGAUCCGAUCUUUACAGCCUCUGCAAGAUUAAAAAUGGAGGAACUUCCUAAUGAUUGCUUAAGUCUGAUAUUUCAACACCUGGAUUGUGGCUUUGACCGUGAAUCCUUCGGUUUGACCUGCCACCGUUGGCUAAGGAUUCAAAAUUUAUCCCGAAGAUCCUUGCAGUUUCACUGCUCACUCAAUCUCCUGAAUGUUUCACCUCCUGCAACUCAUUCCAGCAUCAGCACCUCCCAUUUGUCGAAGUUACUGAACCGUUUUCAAAGCCUGCAAUCUUUGUCGCUCUCUGGAUGCACCGAGCUCCCUGAUUCAGGUCUAACUCAGUUGCAGCAACACGGCUCUAAGCUACAGAGCCUAAACUUAGACUGUUGUUUUGGAAUUACAGCUAAAGGUCUCUCCUUUGUUGCCUCUGGCUGUUCUUCUUUGACUCUUCUCAGUCUUUACCGUUGCAAUGUAACGGACGCAGGGUUGGAAGUGUUGUCCAAGUCCUGUCUUUCUCUGGAGGACAUAAACCUUGCUUACUGUUACCUCAUAACCGACAACGGGGUGGGGCCCAUUUCACGAAACUGCCCUCGCCUUCGCGCCAUCAGAAUAUCCUACUGCAGGGGCAUUACCGGCAUUGGAUUUCAAGGCUGUUCCGGGUCACUGUCCUAUGUAGAGGCGGAUUCCUGCAAGCUCGAACCCGCAGGCGUGCGGGCCCUACUGGGCGGAGGUGGGGUCCAGUAUCUGAGCGUGCUGAACCUGAGGUUGACCAUUUGCGGGGACGGUUUGACCGCGGUCGGGACCGGAUUCUGUUCAAGACUGAGAGUCCUCAACUUCCGUUUCUGCAGGACGAUAGGGGACGAAACAGUCAUAAUGAUAUCCAAGGGCUGCCCGUUGCUUCAAGAGUGGAAUCUGUCGCUGUGCCAUGAGGUCAGGGUACAGGGGUGGAGAGCCGUCGGAUCAAACUGCCGCCACCUGAAAACCCUCCACGUGAACAGGUGUCGCAAUCUCAGCGACGAGGGGCUGUGGGCCCUCGGCAGCGGCUGCAGGCGGUUGACGAGGCUCCACGUCACCCGGUGCGGCCUGCUGAGCCCCACUGCCAUAGAAAUCUUUAAGGUUUCAAGAGGUGAUGUGGAAAUCAGUGAAGAUGAGAUAUCAUGUAUUGCACCACCAGGGGCAUUCCGGUUUUAAUAUAUAUGUAUAGGUGCAUUUGUGAAGUUAUAUUGCUUUGAAAGGCAAUUUGUGAUUCACUUUAGUUUUCUGUUAUAUAUCAUAGUUGUGUUUAUGAUAAGUAUAUACAUGGCUAGUAGCAAUAUCUAAUCAAUACUUGCAUACAGA